AUGAAUGGCUCUAGUGCUGCUGGCACCUCUUCAGCGUCAACUCCAACAACCGCAAUGAACACCUCGAACGCUGCUCUCAAGAGAGGAAGUUUUUCAAUGCCAUCACCAGGCGGGGACCCACAACAAAAGAAACUUAAAACAGAAUCUCCCGUGAAUGCAAAACCUUCAUCAUCAACUUUUACAACACCAGCUUCUCCUUCAUCAUCCAUGACCAAUAACCAACUGAAUAUUCCAAGUAACAAACCAUCAUCCCUCACUGCUGUCAACAACAAUCCAACACCUCCAUCAAAUCAACCAAUGACGAACACAAUGAAUUCAGCUCUAUCCGAAAAGUAUAUUCAAAAUUUACUAAAUCAAAAUUCCAUCUUGAUGACAGAAAUCAAGAAUAAUUUAGAAAAGAAGACCAUAGCAGCAAAUAUUCCUCUCAUUGCCAAAUUCAGAGAAAAUACAAUACAAAUUCUGACUUGCAUGUCCAUGAUGGAUGGAAUAAUGAGCCAAAUGCCUGCAAUACCUGUCAAACUCAGCACCAUUGUCAUACCAAAAGGUAACGUUCAACCGAUGAUGCCACAACAGCAAUCACAAUCAUCACAUAUGAAUCUCCAGCAACAACCAUCACACCAACAACAACCAAAUAACCUUCCCAACAACCCAUCAAAUCCCAAUACGAGCAUGUUUCAAAAUAAUCUCUCCCAAAGCAACAAUCCGAGUUCAUUUACAAACCAGAAGAAGUAA